UGAGCUAUCGCUCCUCACCCAUUAUGCUGAUCACAAGGCUCCCUGGGCGUGGCAUGCACUCCUACGCACAGACGAGCGGUAUGUGGACCGUCGACAGUUGAAGGUGGCCACAGCUGGGGGGAAGGUUUGGAACCUUGCUUGUGAUGGUGAUUCAGACAGUCACAGGCGGGUUCGAGAGUUGAUUGAGCAGACGGGUCUUCAUCAGCUACCAUAUUGCAGCUACCCGGUGACAGAUGCAGGCCUUAUUUUGGCCCUUGUGGAGCGAUGGCAUGAGGAGACUAGUAGCUUCCACAUGCCGUUCGGGGAGAUGACUAUCACCUUGGACGACGUGUCGGCUCUUCUCCAUCUCCCCAUGGGGUCGAGGUUCUAUACGCCUGGGAGGGGGGAGAGGGACGAGUGUGCAGCGCUCUGUGCUCAGUUGAUGGGAGGAUCUGUUGGUAUUUAUGAGGCUGAGUUUGAUACGAAUAGGUCCCAGACUAUUCGCUUUGGGGUCUUGCAGACCCGGUAUGAGGCUGCGUUGGCGGAGCACCGAUAUGAGGACGCUGCACGGAUUUGGCUGGUGAACCAGCUAGGCGCCACGCUCUUUGCUAGCAAGAGCGGAGGCUACCAUACGACCGUCUACUGGAUAGGGAUGUUGGAGGAUCUUGGUCGAGUGUGCGAGUACGCGUGGGGCGCGAUUGCGCUCGCUACGCUAUACGACCAGCUUAGUCGAGCGUCCAGGAGGGGGACGGCCCAGAUGGGAGGUUUUACCUCGCUCCUGCUAGGAUGGGUCUACGAGUACCUUUCUGACCGCGUCAUUAUCCGUAGGGCGGAUCCGGAGUACUCGCAGGACCAGCCUAGGGCGCGGCGGUGGGCUAUGUCCCGGGUCGGGCAUGCAGGCCUUGAUGAGAGGCGAGUCAUGCUCGAUGAGCUGACGGUGGAUGACGUUAUAUGGACCCCAUUUGAGGACCAUCGGGCUCAUCGACCACGGGAUCCGAGGGCCAUGUAUUCUGGCUACAUCCGGUCGCCAUUUGGCCGUGUUGUUCGACGGCAUCUACCAGAGAGGGUUCUGCGCCAGUUUGGCUUCAUACAGGAUGUCCCUCGACACCCCUCUGAGAUCCAGACGUCUGGGUCCCUUGCUGAGACUGCAGAUGCUGCCUUUGCUGAGUUUGCGCCGCACCUCCGCCCUCAGGGGAUCCCCGCUACAUAUCCGGGAGAGGCUGUGGAGGAUUACAUGAGGUGGUACAGCGCUGUGUCCCAUCGGUUCAUCAUCCCUGAUGAUAGGAGGGAGGAGUUCAGUGCAGUGACUGUUAUGCGUCGGGCCGUGGACUUGUUGGAGCAGUCACUCGAGGUGCCAGAUGCUCCUGCAGAGGGCACGCAUUCCCGAUCCCUCACUGAGAGGGCGCUGGAUCUUAUUAGAUCCAAUGCCUUCAUUGGUACCCAGGGGGUAGCCUUUGCUGCUGUCCGAGGAGCUAGAGCUGCAGGAGGCAGAGGUCGUGGAGACAGAGCGCGUGGAGGCAGAGGCCGUGGAGGCAGAGCCCGUGGAGAGGGUGCUCCUGCAGAGGGUGCGCGUGGAGGCAGAGGCCGUGGAGGCAGAGCCCGUGGACCUAGAGGUCGUAGAGGGGCCGGUAGGGGUCGGGGCGAGUGAUUGACUAUAUAUUUGUAUAUUUUUUUUGUAUUUUUAUAU